UUCUCGAUGACUUUUAACUCCUUAGGGAAGAUUCCAGAAUAAUGUUCAUUGUUUAACAAGCAAUAAAAUGAAUGUCGAAGAUCGUCAGAAAAUUGAUUGGUACUGUGAUAUCGCAGUACGUAAAAUCAAUAUAAUUAAUUUGUGGCCUAAGUUAGUAGAAAAUAAGAUUUUUAACAUCGACGAUGUCAACAUAUCCACAUGGAAAAAAAAUUUUGACAAAGAAGAAACUGUUCAAAAUAUUUGGUUGACAAUUAAAACAAGAGGGCCUUCUGCAUUCCAAGAUCUACUUCUGAGUUUAAGACAAAGUAAUCAUGAAGAACUGGCAGAUCUGUUAAAUAAUCAUACAGAAAAUAGUUUAAUCAAUAAUAGCUCAGAAUUAAAUAACGACAAUUAUUAUCGGAACAUAAAAGAUGCUGUGGUGCCUUUACAAAUAAAAGUGAAAAAAGGUGAUAAAUUUUCAAGUAGCCCACAUGAAGUGAUUAAAUGCUAUCAAAUGAGAAGUAAACCUCGUGGAUUGGUUUUAAUUAUUACAAAUAUUGAUUAUAAAUCUGAUAUACUUAAAUCUAGAAAAUCAGCAAUACACGAUCAAACAAAUCUUAAAAAAUUGUUCGAAGAAAUGGGAUUUUUUGUUGAAACGCAUUGUGAUUUGACAGGACAGGAAAUUAAAGAUUGCGUCACAUCAUUUUCAAAACGUAAAGAAUUACUAAAUGUUGAUUCGUGCUUUAUAAUUGUUAGUAGUCAUGGCAAUGGUCCUGGUAGAAAAGGCGAAGAAGAUUGUACAGAAAUAGAAGGUGUAGAUAAUUACACGGAUCAAAUUCCACAUGGGUAUACAAAAGUUUUUUGUUCAGACGUUAUAAAUUGUUUCACAUCCGAAGCUUGUCCUUACUUAGCAGGGAAACCAAAAAUAUUUAUUUUUCAAUUAUGUCGAGGUAACAAAAUACAAACCAUAACAACAAGCAAGAUAAUGCCUAAACGAGUAACUGAUUCAACUGAAGAUUAUAUACCUGGAAACAAUUCUAACUUCAUCUUUAAAAAGAAAGUAAUUAGGAAUUAUUCUGAUAUGUUAAUUGCAUAUGCUACACUACCAGGACAUGUUGCCUUUCGUAAUAAUAUAACUGGUAGUUGGUUUAUAUUAAUAUUUUGUGAAGUAUUUAUGAAUCACGCUUGCGAACUUCAUAUGUGUGACUUAUUCACAAUAGUAGAUUCACGACUGAGAAAAGUGACAUUAACUGAAGAUUAUUGUCAAACAAUAUCGCUUGAAUGCAAAGGUUUUCAUAAAUAUUGUUAUAUCAAUCCUGGAGUUUUUGAACAGAAAGAAGAAAAAUAACAAAAGUACAUAGUAUAAUAUACCAGGAUCCAGUAUAUACCAAUUUUACCAUUGCUGUUAAUGAAGACGGUGACCAAGUUUUACAACCAAUCGGCGACAUGUAUGCUGUCAUAAGAGAUUAAAUUAUCUGGUAACAAGAUGCAGCACCUCUAUGCUAUGAACUUAUUUUAUUGAAAUAUUGCAAUAUGUACUUCAAUGAAUGAAUAAGGAAAAGAGGUAUCAUCGAGUAAUCUGCAAAACACCUUAUGAUUUCUCGAUGCCAGGGAAUAAUAGAAAACAAUAUUUUUUCUAUGAAACAGCAAAAUUUGGAAGAAUUAAAAAUUUUUCAAAUUUUUCCGUAAUAUUCUAGUUUGAAUCAUGUUACAAAAUUUGUAAUUUUCGAUCAAGUAGAUAUAUUCACUACAAUGGAAGUGAUAGCAAUUAUUUCGAACAUUUAUUAUAGUAAUAAAUCUUUUUUUUAUUAUAGAUAAUAACUUACAUUUUUGAUAAACUAACUUAUGCAUUUAUAUUUUAAUAUUAAGUUGUAACAUAUAAGAAAAGUUACCUGUUACAGUAUAAUGCUACCUGUAAGAAGCAUAUAUAUUUUAUACGGAUUUUUGAAAGAAAAAGAUAAAUAAAAAAAAACUUUAUAUCUAUGAAAAAUUAUUUUAAGUCAAUUUAUGUUAUUAUUAGAAAUUAGAGUCGCGAAGAUAAACGUAAGCUUUUACCUAAAUAAUUGUUAUAAUAUUAAAAAUUUUUGGAAAC